CUGGAAGAAGAAAGGAUGGGACCCGACAGCAGCUUGAUCCUCGCUCUUCUCUGCUGGGUGACGGGCGACAUGGCUUCCUCCCCACCUUGGGAUUUCUCCUGGGGUGACUCGGCGAGGAGGGGAGUGCGGGCAGAGCCCCACACCUGGUCCUGGGUGGAGGAUCCCCAAUCUCGAGCCGUCUCCAGCCAGCAGCCAGUGACUGUGCAGUGCCAGGAGGCUCAGCUGGUGGUGACAGUGCACAGGGACCUCUUUGGCACCGGCCGCUUGGUCAACGCAGCCGACCUGACCCUGGGACCAGCAGCCUGCAAAUAUUCCUCCCUCAACCCUGCCCAGAACACUGUCACCUUCGUCGCUGGGCUCCACGAGUGUGGCAGCAUCGUGCAGGUCACACCAGACUCCCUCAUCUACCGCACACUCCUCAACUACGACCCCAGCCCCGCCAGCAACCCCCUCAUCAUCCGCAGCAACCCCGCCGUGGUCCCCAUCGAGUGCCACUACCCCAGGAGGGAGAAUGUGAGCAGCAAAGCCAUCCAGCCAACCUGGGCUCCCUUCAGCUCCACGCUGUCAGCCGAGGAGAGGUUGGUGUUCUCCCUGCGCCUCAUGAAUGAGGACUGGAGCGCUGAGAGACCCUUCACUGGUUUCCAACUGGGCGACAUCCUCAACCUCCAAGCAGAGGUGAACACAGAGAGCCACGUCCCACUGCGGCUGUUCGUGGACAGCUGCGUGGCCGCCCUCAGCCCUGGCACCGACUCCUCACCCCACUACGCCAUCGUGGACUUCAAUGGGUGCCUGGUUGAUGGGAGGUCAGACGACACUAGCUCUGCUUUCAUCACCCCCCGGCCCCGGGAGGACAUGCUGCGCUUCAGGAUCGAUGUGUUCAGGUUUGCAGGGGACACCAGGAACCUGAUUUACAUCACCUGCCACCUGAAGGUGACCCCGGCAGACCAAGCCCCGGACCCCCUCAACAAGGCUUGCUCCUUCAACAAAGCCAGGAACACCUGGGUGCCCGUGGAAGGCAGCAGGGAGAUCUGCAGCUGCUGUGAGACAGGCAACUGCGAAGCCCCCGCCUUCUCCCGGAGACCGAGCCACCCGGAGCGAUGGCAGGGCCGCCGUUUCCGCCGCCACGAUGCCAAGGGGAAAGAGGCCGAAGCUGACGUGGUCAUCGGCCCCGUGCUCCUCUCCACAGCUCUGGGCACGGCGGGCGAGCGGCACCGGGGACAGGGUGAGGUGACAGCGGCCUCCAGCGUGGGCAUAGGGCUGCUGUGUGCGAUGGCCGGCGUGGGGCUGGCAGGCGUGUGGCUGGCUGUGGCCGUGGGGCGCAGGUGUGCCCGUGUCUCGGCAUGAGCGUGGGGUCAGAGCCCAAUAAAGCCUGAGAAGGACAAUCUGGCUCCGUGAU